UCAAACGUCAAAGGGCGUAGUUUAAAAUGUAUAACUUGAAGUUUGCGACGAAACUUCCGAUUUGUAGGUUAUGAAAAUAAAUAUUUUGUUGGUUUUUAAGAAUUUUUAUACAAUAAAUAUAGAAAAAUACUUGUGGACAACGUGAAACAACGACAAUAAAAUAAGGUGUUAUUAAAUUUUUGCUAAGAUCUCGACAUGGGUAUAAUAUUCGGCAAAAAGAAAAAGCCCAGUAGAGUUACUGAACAGGACAAAGCAAUAUUACAACUAAAACAGCAAAGAGACAAACUAAAACAGUAUCAAAGAAGAAUAGAACUAUCUCUUGUUAAAGACAAGGAAUUAGCUAAGAAACUAUUAAACAAUGGCCAAAAAGAAAGAGCAAAACUGCUCCUCAAAAAGAAACGAUACCAAGAACAGAUUCUGUCCAAACUAGAUGGUCAACUAAGCAACUUAGAAAGUAUGGCUAGUGAUAUAGAAUUUGCCCAAGUUGAAGUACAGGUAGUAGAAGGUCUUAAAACAGGAAAUGAAGCUCUGAAAAAAGUCAAUGCUGCUCUAAAUAUUGAAGAUAUUGAACGUAUAUUAGACGAAACAAGAGAGGGAGUAGACAAACAAAAUGAAAUCAAUGAACUGCUUAGUGGCCAGUUGACUGAUGAAGAUGAGGCUGCUGUAGAGGACGAACUAGCAGCUAUUAUUAGUGAAGAGAUGCCUGCAGUGCCUUCUCAAGAGCCUGAAGUACAGGCCAAUGAAUCUGCCGAGGAGGAUGAAAAAGAUCAGGAGAUUGUCAAAAAGCCAAAAGAGAAAGAAAAAGAGAACAUUCCUGUUUUGGCUUAAUAAUAAGUUUGAGAUCAACAUCUAAAGAUUAUUGUAAAAUAUGUUUGUUUUUAAGUUAUUUUAAUACUAAAAUACAUUUGUUUU